ACAUGGAGAGGGGGUGGAGAGAGAUUGGCAGAGUGACUUUCAGACUUCAGCAGUCACCCAGGAGCCAAGAGUGUGUAACCAGUUUCCUAAUGAAUACAAGAACAAACCUGGUCACUCACAAUCUGCCUUUGACCUCUUUCAGGUCUAAGUCUCUCAUUAUAGACUGGGGGGAAAAAAUCUAAUUCAGAGGACAAAUGUGUUCUUCUUGAAUACCGUUUUAUUAGGGGCAAAGGACGAAAGAUUAAAUAUACAGGAACGUUUGAUAGCAGAAAGGAAGUGGAGAGGAAUCAAAUGUGGAGACUGUGUGAAGAGAAAUAAGGAGAAGGAAACUAAAAGGGAAGAAGGGAUAGAAACCUUAAAACAUAAAGCCAAUGGGAAUAAGGAGAGGGAGAGUGAUCUAUUGCUGAGAAAAAAAUUCUCUUUAGGAAUUCUGCACUACCAAGCUCCACAUGGCACAGAGGAUGGAAAGGAUACAGCAGAUGCAGCCAGCGUGACCCUUCUGGACCAGAUGUUCAGCCUAAUGACAGCCUGGGCCCAGGUGCUGAUGGCCUCUGGCCUGGUUUAUUUCAUCCAGCUUCCUGGGGCCGGGGGCGAGGAGAACUGUGCUAACCCUGAACAUUGCCUGACUACCGACUGGGUGCAUCUCUGGUAUAUAUGGUUGCUGGUGGUGGUUGGCGUACUGCUUCUCCUGUGUGGCCUGACUUCAGUAUGCUUCCGCUGCUGCCUGAGCCGUCCAGAGAACGGGGAAGAUGGGGCCCCACCGCCUUAUGAAGUGACUGUCAUUGCCUUUGACCAUGACAGCACUCUCCAGAGCACCAUUACAUCUCUUCAGUCUGUAUUUGGCCCUGCAGCUCGGAGAAUCCUGGCCGUGGCUCACGCACACAGCUCCUUGGGCCAGCUGCCCUCCUCGGUGGACACACUCCCAGGCUACGAGGAAGCUCUUGGCAUGAGCCGCUUCACAGUGGCAAGGUGUGGGCAGAAAGCUCCUGAUUUACCCUCCGUCCCAGAGGAAAAGCAGCUGCCUCCCACAGGGAUGGAGUCUCCUGGGACAGAACCCCCAUCACACUGAUUGGGAUGCUGAUGGCAUACCUGAUGUCCAAGGCAUUGUCAGAUAUGGAAAGAUACCCAGAUACAUGAAAUGUUUUCUUUUAUACCACCCAGAAAGGUUCAGGAUGCCAUCUAGACAUUUUUUCUGUGAACAAGGUGGGUCUCACUCUUCAUUCACAACAAUAUGCUUUUUCAGAAACAUUUCUAAUUGAGUUCUAACUCAUUAUCGAAGUUCAAAGUUUGCAACUCACCUUUAGCUAUAUUGAUUACCACCAAAGCAUGGAGCAUUUAGGUGUCUUGAAUUCCUUCAACCAUGGCAUGCAUAUAAAGCUUCUUUAACCCUAUAAUCCUGCAGAUUGCUCUUCCCUCUGCUUGACUGUGGUAAUCUUGAAGGGAAACACACUUUGCGCACAACCACUAACAUCAGUGCACCAAAUCCAUGCAUCUUUCCUUUUCGGGGAACAACCACCAUUAUGCUGAACAACCUUGGUGACCUGGCACACCAUAUAAUUCCCACCUGGACUUGCAGAUUGCACAGCCAGGGGUGCUGAUGUGAGUGGAGAGACUAUACUAUAGUAUGUGCCACAUGUCAAAACCUUUCUAUAAUUUUGACCUUACCCACAAGAGUGAAACAUAUAGAGUACAGAAGUGGUCCUAGCAAGUUUUCAUUGCUUUGUCCUGCAAACACACACACACACACACACACACACACACACACACUUUUUAGGCUCUGAAAGAAAGUAUUUAUUGCUCUGCUUCUUCCCUUCUUGCUCUCAUGUAAAAUCUAGAGUGACUAUCCUGGCUCUUGAGGUGGGUCUUGCUGCCAUCUAGUGGAACAAUACUUGAAAAUUCACUUACUCCGUUGAGGUCAUGUGCACUUUUCCAAUUCUCAGUGCUACCCUAAACCUUAAUCUUCUUCUGGUGGUAUAUACAAUCAAAAGUGAGUGUCAAGCUAUCCUGGUGAUGUAGUACCUUCCACACUACUGUCAUUAGAAACAAAGCAGUGAGAUGUACUCUGGAAAAAAAAACUGCUUAGAGAAGUUAAUAAAAUCUCAUCUGCAAAUUAGACAUCCUUGUGCACAUCCAAGAACACAUAUACCCAAGGCGCAAUUUGUAAAAUAUUCCAUGCAUCACAUGUUAUUCUUCCUGUUGUCAUCUGCUCUUCAGUGACCUGUGGUGACUUCACUGAGAAUUAUGUUCUGGCUUGUCCUUUUGCCCAUCUGCUAUGUUACUGUAAAGCCAUAGCUCAAGUGCCUUUAUUUUAUCAAUAAAAAUGUCUUGAUUGAG